CUGAAUAUAACCUUGGUGGGUUGGUAAAUAUUAACUUACCGUACCACCGCCCUCCUACUUACAACAGUGAUUAAAGUUGCUUAUCCUUUAAGUAUUACAAUAUAUAGAUAAACGUUAAUGUUUCUUGAACAUUUAUUUUAAUACUGCAAGAUAUAAGUACCCAAACCCAAGUGCCAUGGAGAGUUUACAAGAAUUCAUCCAAAACUCUUGUCUUAGCGAUGAUGCUGCAAACAACAGAAAGGCUCAAUAUAAAUCUCGACCAGAGAGUUCUAUAAGAGAGAAACAAAUCAAGCAGUUAUUAGAACACUGGAAACGUGCAAGAGCAAAGCUAGUUGAUGAAAAACGAGGACUUUUUGAUGAGGAAUUUGAUGAUAAUGAAGACUGGGUGGAUUGGAAAGAGAGCAAGAAGCAGAAGCAAAGUAAACGGUGGAUGAAUCAGCAUUGCAAGAAUCAGCUGAUGUUGUCUAUGUGGCUAACGGAAACUCCAAGUGACUUAGAAACAAAUUGGACGGCAGUGUUGUGCCCGGAGGGUCAACGAACAUUGGUCAUUGCUAAAAAGGGCUGCACUAGAGCGUACCACAAAAGCGGUUUCCUACUUGCCAAAUUUAAAUCUGUUUUACCAAACGGAGCUCCGACCAACAGAACAAAAAAUUCAGAUUUAAUAAUUUUAGACUGUAUCUGGAAUGAGUCGUCCAUGCGCUUGUUUGCGUUGGAUGUACUGCAUUGGAGGAACCAGACUCUUUUGGACUGUGAUGCUCAGUUUCGGCUGUAUUGGUUAAACUGCAAGCUGGCCGAGGUGACGCAGGGUUUUGCCAAGGAAAGUUUGGGUUCCGACAUCUACAAUGUGUUUCUGCCUUCACACUGUGUUCCGUACACCCUACCAGCAACAUUGGCCCAACACCAACCAAACGAGGUAGACGGUGUCUUGUUUUAUCACAACUGUGCUCCGUACGUGUCAGGACAAACUCCGCUUGUUGGAUGGCUCAAGCCUUACAUGCUUCCAGAGAGGCUGGGAAUGGUGGUACCCCAAGGAUAUAUGGACCUAAAACCAGCAGAUUACGACAACCUCGACAACUGGGUGGCUCAGUGUAGUCACUCUCACAAACGCAACGCUGGGAAGAAACCAGACAAUGAGGUAGAAAUGGAUAGCAGUUUACACGACUCAGAUAGUGCAGAGUUACCUGCUGUAGAAAUGGAAGACAACAUGGAAUCAAGUACCUAAAUAGAAAGAUAAUUGACUGGUUUUAUUUAGUAAAAAACAACAGAAUAUUUAUCUUUGUCCCAAAGACCAUUUAACUACCUGUUUAUUUAAAUGCCUGUUUGUAUUUAAAAAUAUGUGUCAAAUAAUGUAUUUACUCUGCAUACACAUGGAGCCUAUUUCACCAAUCUUUUUAGAUUGUGGAGUUAUUUUAUUAAACACUCAAUUGCCUUGUAAUUUGUGGCUUGAAUGUAAUCUUGACAUUAUCCUACAUGGAUGAAUAUUUACUUAUUAUGUCAUUAGAGUACCAUUGUCUCAUUUGUGAACAUUGUUUGUGUAAACUUGCUUUGUACUUCACACUGUAAAUACUGUAAUGUUAAUUUUAUACUUGCGUAGUAAAUUGUU